AUGAAUGAUGACCUCGAAGUCGAUAGCCAAGAUUAUGAUAAAAAGAUCGAAAUUGAAAAGCUGAUUCAGAUGUUAUUACUCUCAUCUGACGUAGAAAGCUCGGUUUCUUCUGAUCCUCAACUUGUUGAAUCUAUCGGAACACUCUCUAAUUUGCGAUUAGAUGAAUUAGUCUCUAUACCAGAGCGCAUUCAGAAGGAAGAGGAUAGUAUUCGACAUAAAACUGAACAACUGGCUGUUGAAAAUUAUCCAAUUUUUCUAGCCAAUGCCAAUACAAGUCGGGAGGUUCUUCGGGAAUUCAUGUCAAUUUCGGAUUCUAAUGUAAAUCUUAUUUCGAGCAUCGCUACAGUAUCUGGUGCAGCGCAAACAAUAUUUGAUAACAUUGGCAAGAAUGCUUCAGCUUUUAGAACUGCUGCUAAGACUGUUCAAAAGUACACUCAGAUUUCGGAAUUCUUGGAACUUCCUCAAUUAAUGGAAACCUGUAUUCAAAACGGAUACUAUCAAGAUGCUCUGAAUAUCUUGAAUCAUACCAAACACAUGACAAAGAAGUAUGGAAGAACCGUUCCUAUUGUACGUAUGGUUGGUUACCAAGCUCAAGAAAUCAGUGGUCAACUCUUCAGUCAUCUUUGUAAAAAACUCAGAGAGCCAAUCACUCUUCCUGUUUGCCUUAAAUUGGAAGCUUUUACGGAGCAGGCACUUCGGCUAAAUUUCCUUCAAUCUCGGGGGAUUUGUAUUAAAGACCAACUGGAAGCUGCUUUAUCAAAACCAAUCGGAAUAUCAAAUUUUGAUUCGAAAUCGGCCUGCAUAUCAAGCUAUCAACAGGCUGAGUAUAAGGCCUUCAUUAGGGCCAUGAGAAGGAUUGAGGUCACUCGGGUCCAGCUCUUUGAUAGUAUCACUCAGUAUCGUGCUGUGUUUGCGGAUGAAGAAGGCUACUCAUCUAAAUUGCCAUAUGUACAUCAACAACUUGAUCUUGCUGACAUUUCUCCUCUCUACCUGGAUGAGUCAACACGGACCUUGCGCCAUCUAGUAAAUAAUGAAAUUGAUGACCUUGGUCCCUGUAACGAGGGAAGUCUUUUCCAUUCCUGGUUGGUGCGACAAAUUGGAAUUUUUUUGGAUGGACUUUCUGAUGAUCUCAAUGCUAUGCUCAAUCUUCCUCCUUUGACGGCUUCAGAGUUUAGUGAUCGUAUUCAAUUAGCAAUGGCUAACGAUGCUGCAAAUCUGAACACUGUUGACGCAUCAGUGGCUUUCCAUCAGACCCAUUCUAUCAUGACUCAAGCUCUCUACUUCGGUCGGUCGUUUGCUCGAAUUGGUUGUGACUUUAGAGCUCACUUAGGUUCCCUCUUUUCGCGGUUUAUUCUCAUUUACUUUGAGACCUUAAUGAGUAAUGCACUAACGGAACUGAGUGUCGUGCUCGAACUUUGGCCUUGGGAACUCGUCGAAACGUCCUUCUUGUCGUCUCAGUCAACAGAAGGAAAUUCCGAGGAGAUACGAGCUCCCUUUGAGAUUGCUCGGCAUCCUGCUAUUGCCUUCUUCUGUAAUCGAAUUCUUUCGGCAUUCAAUGGCCUACGGAUAUGCUGUCCUGUUGUUCUUAGAGAUGGGUAA